UCAAACAAACAAGCAAGCUGAAGACUGAGAGAAUUGAGAAAGAGAAACUGCGGUCUGGAAGACUGCGAAGGCACAUUUAUAUGAAAAUACAUUUUGUGGCACUAUUGGCUUAUCGUUAUGGAUAACCUUUUAAAAACUUUAUAAAGUUUUAUUUCAAUACUUGGUUCGUGAACGUUGAUCCGAAAAUAUUUUGUGAUUGAAACCAAUACUUAGUGACGAUAUGAUAACAAAAUGAUACUGGAGAAAGUGUUAAGAAUAAUAAAAUCCAUGCAGUUUUAAACUAAAAGAAAAUGUUCCUAUGUCUCUAUUGUUCCGUAAAUGUCUACAGUAUUUACUAUUCUUGUAAAUCGGAAAAAAAUACUGUUUACACAAUGUGGUAUGCUGCCCUGAUACGGUUUAUUAGGAGACGAUUAGUGUUGGGAAUUAUUUUUGCUUCUUCGUUAACAUACUGCAUUGUCAGCUUUCUACGAGAGGGUAGCAAUCGCAACAUUAUGUAUCAGGAUAUAUCAAUAGAAAGAAAGCCAUUUGUAUGGAGGACCCUUCAGGAACACAAUGAUACCAAUGAUGGUAUUAUGUGUAGGAAUUCAGUGCAAGGGAAAAUGCUUUUAGUUGAUGACAGAGGUUAUGUGUGCCAGAGGACUGAUGUUAUGAAAAAUGGAUGUUGUGACCCAGACUCUGAUCAUACAAGCAGAUACAGCUGUCAGACAUGCAAGGAAAACAAUUGCUGUGUGAUCUACGAGUACUGUGUUGCAUGUUGCUUGGAUCCCAGUAAGAGAGACAUGCUCGAAAUGGUGCUGUCGAAGUUGUCUGCAGAGGAGAACGUAUUGUUCCGAUCACUGACGGACGACUACGAACUGUGCUUAACAAAAUGCCGUACGAGUUCCCACAGCGUGCUGCACGAGAAUUCCUACAAAGACCCAGCGAAUAAACACUGCUUCGGCGAUGAACGGCCGAGAUCGAGAACACCGGAUUAA